AUGUCCACCAACCCACCCAUCCACUCCGGCGCCGACGCGGCCCAAAUCGCCUCAACCUGCGCACAGCUCAACAUCACCACCACCGAGUUCGCCGAGCUGCAGCGCCGCGCCACGGCCGCAAAGGCCACGGCGUAUUGCCGCUACAGCCGGUUCCGCGUGGGCGCGACGCUGCUCUGCGCCGACGACGCCGGCGAGACGGUUUAUGUUCCGGGAGCCAACGUGGAGAACGCGUCGUAUCCCGUCGGGACGUGCGCCGAGAGGGUGGCCUUUGGGACGGCGGUGACGAGCGGGAUUAGGAACUUUCGGGCGAUUGCUGUGGCGACGGAUAUUAGUCCGCCGGCGAGUCCUUGUGGAAUGUGCAGGCAGUUCAUCCGCGAGUUUUGCUCCCUGCAGACUCCCGUCAUCAUGUUUGACAAAAACUCCGACUACGUUGUCAUGACAAUCGAACAACUUCUCCCCAUGUCGUUCGGCCCAGAGGCUCUCCCGCCUCCUGGCGCCUCGGGAUAUUGA